CCAGCCACAGUCCAUCUGGAACCAUUCACGAGAACGCAACUGCAGUUUGCAGUUGUCCGCAGUUAGUUUGGAAUUGGUAAGUUUGUUUAUUUGUGAAUUUACUUCCGGGCCUUCUCGGUGCAGUGUACAGGAUUGCGGUUUGAAAUAAGUGCAUGGUUAAUAGUUUUGCACAGAUCAAAAUAUAACGAAUAUCCAAGCCACGAGCAGUUUUGAGUUGGUCUUCGAGAAAAUCUUUGCUGUCGCAGCAGUUUUCUGUAACCCAAACAAAGCUGUUCCUUCUUUUGAUUGGCUAUUGCUGAUAAAGUCGUAAACGCUCUUUUGCAAAAUAUGGUCAGUUCAGCUGGAGCGUUUAGUUGAGACGUGAUAUUGUCGCCGGAUGCAUAUAGGGAGUGACUAAUUGUUUGAAGAAUCAGCAAAAGUGAAAGAGACCGCAAAAAAACGAUAACAAACUAAAGAAUCCCGGGUUUGUUCUAGAUAGUGAAAUGGCAAAACGAAAAAGUAACAUGUCGGCGUUGUACUUUCCGGUGGAACUAUCCCUGGCGGACACGGAUUGUGUCGUUUGCCAGGAUGACGCCAAAAAUCCGGUUUUUUGUACGACCUGCAAGAAAAUGCUAUGCUUUGCGUGCAUCAUGCGCUGUGAAAGUUCGGCAGGAUGUCCCACGUGUCGCGGUCAGAUUCAGCGGAACGUGCUUAGGGACCAGUGCAAGUUGUAUUCCUGUGAGGACCAUGAUCAACUACUGACCAUGCUGUGUACGGACUGUGAGGUUUGCGUGUGCAAGCAGUGCCUGGCGAAAGAUGCUGACCACGCGAAGCAUUCCUUCGUCAGCAUUGAUAGUAUUCGAGCAGAUUUGGCACAGGCGAUGGACAAACUGUACGAGUACAUGGACUUGGUCGACGGAUUCAACGGGCUUGGAACCGUGAAGAACAUCAGCGGAGAGCUGGCGGAGAAAUAUUUUACCUUCAGUAAUGUCCUGCAAGCCAACAUCGAUAAGAUCAAAUCAACUGUAGCGGAGAUUGAGGGUCAUAAUUUGAAAAAUCUGAUCAAAAAUCGAAAGGAUAUCAAAGCCUUGCUUCAAGCAACCGUCGACGAGUUGGACCAGAUGAAUGAACCUGAACCGCGCGAAAUUUAUGAACUGGAAGUCUUUCCAAUGGAGGUGAAUCCUAAACCUUCUGGAAACUUCCGUUAUGUCUACACAAACAAGAUUUUCGACAACUUUGGUAAUCGGUGGAAGAUCAACUUCUUCCCAAAAUAUCACAAGUUUCGUGGAGCCAGUAAUCCUAACUUUUGUGCAUUCAGUCUAUCUCUGAAAUCGGGAAUCCCUGGAAGAUACGAGGUGAAAAUUGACGCUGAAAAACCACACAUCAAAUUUCGAAAAGUCUUGGAAAUUUUCAGCGUAGCUUCGACUUCUGCAACGCACAUGCUAACGCUACAUUCAGAAGUGGAUCCGUUUCAAGCUCUGACUGUGAGCAUCAGACCAACCAACUUCAAAUAUCACCUGCAGUGUUCAAAGUUGUAUCAGGAGCUGAUCAGCAAACCAUCCGACAACACAUUCGACGCGGUCUUUUUCCAAAUCGAGCGUUUUUCCGAAGCCACGGAAGAAUUCCCAAAGCAAAAUGCUCCAACAAACCAAGUGGAGAAAUUCUUCAAAGAUAAAACCGGAACGCAGUGGCGCAUCGGAAUCGAACUCAAACGGCCCAACUCGAUCCAGCUUCGCUUGGAGCACUUUGACGGUGCUGCCGGCAGAUUCGAAUUCUUCGCCGAGCUGAUCAACCCCAACGACGAAUCGCUGAACGUUAAAUACACCGCGUGUCACCAGUUUGCCUUCGGGGCAACGUAUUGCAUUAGGAAGCUUAGCGCUCCCUUUUCCGGCGCUGUCCAGAGUAUAAAAGUGGGAAUAAGACCGGCGCCACAGCUUACCGGAACUAAGAGGAUUCGAGCGGAGGUGCAAAGGAUGCUGCGCAAGCUGGCUGGCAAUGGAUAACAAUCAAAAUCUUUAUUAAAUACAUUUCUCAAAGAAAUAAAUGUUAUAUUAACCAUUUUUAUCCCGAAUAAUUUAGUUU